AUGACUGAAGUCGAGGCCAAAAUCCCAGAAGUCCAGGCUGAAAUUGCCGUUGAAGCUGAAAAGCCAAAGUGUGAGGAAGCGGCCGCGGAGUCACCCAAAGAGACAGUCAAGGAAACUAAACCAGUGAAUGGUGAGGCAAUGGAGACAAAGCAAAAAGCAGAGGAGAGCAAGAAAGAGGAGAACAAGGCAGAGGAGUGCAAGGCACAAGAGAGCAACUUGGAGGAGAGUAUAGCAGAGAAGAGUAAGGUAAAAGAGGUCAAGGCAGAAGAGAGAAAGGCAGAAGAGAACAAGAAAGAGGAGAGCAAGGCAGAGGAGAGCAAGGCAGAGGAGGUAAAGACAGAAGAGAGCAAGGCAGAGGAAAGCAAGGCAGAGCAGAGCAAGAAAGAAAAGAGCAAGGUAGAAGAAAGCAAGGCAGAAGAGAACAAGAAGGAGGAGAACAAGAAGGAGGAGAGCAAAGCAGAAGAGAGCAAGGCAGAGCAGAGCAAGAAAGAAAAGAGCAAGGCAGAAGAGAGCAAGGUAGAAGAGAGCAAGGCAGAAGAAAGCAAAGCAGAGGAGAGCAAGGCAGAAGAGAGUAAAGGAGAGGAGAGCAAGGUAGAGAAGAGCAAGGCAGAGGAGAGCGAGAAAGAGGAGUGCAAGGCACAAGAGAGCAACGUGGAAGAGAGUAUAGCAGAGAAGAGUGAGGUAAAGGAGGUCAAGGCAGAGGAGAGCAAGGCAGAGGAAGUCAAGACAGAAGAGAGCAAGAAAGAGGUGUGCAAUGCGGAGGAGGCCAAGGCAGAGGAGAGAAGGGAAGAGGAGGUCAAGGCAAAAGAGAGCAAGGCGGAGGAGAGCAAGGUGGAGGAGUGCAAGGCAGAAGAAGGACACAAGCCGGUGCCUCAAGGGGAUCAGUCUACAAACGAUGUGAAGGUGGACGAGUCUGCUCCAGUUUGUGGUUAG